AUGGGGCAUAGCAAACAGGCGGUACAAAUUUUGUUCACUUAUUUGUGGUUUGUUGGAUUGCCGUCGGAGCUUGUGUUUACCUGUUUGUUAUGCCUGGGGUCUGGCUGGAAUAGUUGGAGGCCUGCCUAUUGGAUUGAUGUUAGGGGGGCCAGCAAUGCUUUGGUACCUCACAAAGGCGGAUUGGAAAAAGUUGUUCAGGGAGUCAAGCGAUUGCUGCUACAAGUGACGAUCGGAAGAGGAUUCCAGUGUGAAUCAGCGUCUGCUCCAUAUGGACGCCUGCUCUGCAUCAGUCAGAGUUCACUGGUAAAGGAGCGAAAGUUGUAUCUUUCAUUGGGGACGUGGACGCGAAAUCCGAUGCAACGUGUCGCAUCCAUCUGGUGGUAA